GGCACAACCAAUAAACGAUUAUUUUAGGUAUUCGAAAAGAUGGCUGCGUUGCCGUCUCCAACUCAGGUGGCAGGGCCAAAUAAUGCUAUAUAUGAUGCAUAUUACAAUGUGGUUGAUCCGAAAGGACUGGGUUCUGUUGGGGGUAUGGAAGCCGCCAGAUUCCUUAAAAGAUCUGGACUGAGUGAUGUAAUGCUAUCGAAAAUAUGGGAUUUAUCAGACCCAGGUGGAAGAGGAUGUUUAGACAAAGCUGGCAUGUUUGUUGCCCUAAAAUUAGUUGCUCUGGUACAAAAUGGUAAAGAUUUGUCAAUUGCCAAUGUUAAUGUGGAUGUGCCUCCUCCUAAAAUGGGUGAUAUUCCAUUACCAAAGCCAGUGAAACCUCCACCACCUACCAAUUCUCCUUUAAUUACAUCACUUCCUCCAACUGCUGUCGAUUGGACAGUCAAACCUUCAGAGAAGGACAAAUAUGAUAAGUUAUUUGAUUCUUUGCAACCAAAGAAUGGCUUGAUUCCAGGCAAUACAGUUAAACAUGUUCUCAUGGAGUCCAAACUGCCCUUUGAGACAUUAGGCAAAAUUUGGGAUCUGGCAGAUCAGGACAAAGAUGGAAUGUUGGAUAGGCAUGAAUUCAUAAUAGCGAUGCACUUGGUCUACAAGGCCUUAGAGAAACAUGCAAUCCCCAACACCCUUCCAUCGGAGCUGAUGCCGCCGACCAAGAGACCAAUACUUGACGGCGUCAAGCCCGACGUACCGCCACCACCGGCGGCCAUCGUACCACCUACGAUUCCCGCGCAACCGCCUAUUUUGCCGCCCAGCGUUGCGGCCGUGCAGCCCAUAACCACAGCAAGCGUCAAACCGAUUCAGCAGCAGGCCGCCCCCGCCGUAUCGUGGGUGGUGGGCCCGGAGGAGCGGGCCAAGUCGGACACGUUGUUUAUCAAAAGCGACAUCGAUAAGGACGGAUUCGUGUCCGGCGGCGAGAUCAAGGAUGUGUUCCUGCAGUCCGGCGUGCCACAACCCAUUCUGGCACAUAUUUGGUUUUUGUGUGAUAUUAAACAGUGUGGUAAAUUGAACAAUGAACAAUUCGCCUUGGCCAUGUGGUUUGUGGCUAGGUAUCUGAAAGGUAUUGACCCACCAGCACAACUUACUCCAGAAAUGAUUCCACCCAGUUUUAGAUCAGUGAAACCAUCUGAAGGUUUGGUGGAGAACAACAACACUCGAUAUUCAAAUCCUGAACUAGACAUGAUUAGUAAAGAUAUAGAAGAAUUAUCGAGAGAAAAACUAGCCUUAGAAACCGAGAUAGCACAAAAGGAAGCAGACAUUAAAAUUAAGAGUGGCGAAAUUAAGAAUUUACAGAGCGAGUUGGAUACUCUGGCCGCAACGCUGAAACAACUGGAAAACCAAAAAGGUGAAGCACAAAAAAGGCUAAAUGACCUUAAGGCUCAGAGGACUGAGGUUGACGGGGCCUUAAGUGUGGUUAACACAGAGCUGGAAGAGCAAAUGGCGAAGGUGGAUAAGUUGAGAAUUCAAGCAGCUGAACAAGCUGAAUUAGUAGCUGCACAAGAAGACGAAUUAAACAGUAGGAAGCAACAACUUGAAGGACUCAGAAUGGAGGAACAACGGUUAGAACAACAGAAGCUUGAAAGCUCUAAGAAAUUGGAAAAUCUUACUGGAAACCUACAGGACACUCAACUUAACAUAAGUAAAGCGAAAAAUUUAAUUUCGGAAUUGGAAGAACAAUCAAGACAGAUGAACGACGCCAUUCAAGCCUGCGACAAUGCAAUUGAUACUGGUGACGUAAUUUCACUUCCCGACACCGCACUUAGAAUCGAACCCAAUUUCAGGAGUUCAAAGUACUUGGAUGGUACAACAACAACAACGGCGAACACUGUAUCAAGUACACAAAAUGGAUUUGGCGAAGAUCCCUUCGCCAGUCAAAACGGACCAACCAACACUGGAUUCACGUCGGACCCAUUCAACAAUGAUCCGUUCAAAAGUAAAGAUGCCUUCUCAAAUGAUCCAUUUAACGAUGCCUUCUCAAAAACGACCGAUGGAUUUUCGUCGGAUCCAUUUGGAGGAUCUUUCAACGCGUUCGAGAACAAGAACGCCGAAUUCCCUGCCCAGGAACCGGAAAAAGACCCGUUCGGCUGCGAUCCGUUCGCGAUACUGCACGCCCCGACACGUGACGGCUCCGCACCUCCGCGACCGACGAGUCCGAGUCCCGCGUUGCCGCCCAAGAAGAGUAAACAACCUCCACCUCGGCCCGCGCCGCCCAGGCCGGCCGCACCGCCGGCCAAACGGGCCUCGCAAGGUGACGCGUUUGGCGGCGGCACCGCCGAUCCGUUCAGUGCCAGCAGCGGGGGCGGCGGCGGUUUUGCCGAUUUCUCAGAUUUCGACGCCAAGUGUUUAUAUAGAAGUUAUAUUAUAGAUCAGUAUACCUUUCUCCCGUUCUCCAGAAGAUCCUCAUGUCCUGCCUUUCCUCCUGACAUUUAUCAGUUUUCCAAUAAUAUACCACCGCCAGUCAAAAGUACGACAACGCCAAGUUCGGGGGCCGCACCUGCGCAAAACCAGUCGAGGGGUUUGGACUUCACGGACGACCCCUUCCGGGACUAUCGCUACGAGGACCCCUUCAACAUUUCCUUCGACGACGAACCGACGACGUCCAGCAACAAAGGCGACGCCAGCUGUUGGGAGGUCAAGAACGACAAAAGCGACAAGUUCGACCCGUUCGGAUUGGACGGUAGACAGAGCGUGCCUUUGCCGAUGGCCUCGCAGUCGGCCGCAACCAGCGGACGGGCGUCCGCGCCGCCCGUUUCGUCGGAGCUCAUGUCCGAAGAUCAACAGUUGGCGUGGGCGGCGAAGGAGAGCAUAAGGCUGGAGGAGGACCGCAGGAAAAGACAGUUGCAGGAACAGGCCGAACUUGAGCUGGCCAUCAGUUUAAGUAAGGCUGAACAAAAGAAAGUUCAGCAAAGUCAAUAACCAAUAAAACUAUUAUACGAGAGCUUGACUGUGGUAAAUUGCAUUUGUUAGUCUUUUCUUUUAGUUCCGAUCCGUUACGCUUUUGCCAGACGUGUGAUGUAUACAUAUCAUUUAGUUUCAUCAUCUGAGAAUAUUUUUUUUUAGUUUGUUUCGACUUGAUCCGUUUAUUUAUCUGGAUGUUUAAUCAUGAACAAAUACUUGACCAGAACGACAGUGAUCGACAACAGACAAUUUAACAAUCAUCACAGAAUAAAUGCUAAACCAUUUUUGUCAGUCACUGUCCAUAAUACUCAGCACUAUAACAUAUGAAUUCUUCAAAAAUCUACAUGUUCUAAAUAAAGAAACUACGAAGUCUAGUGAUAAUUUUCAUCUUACAUACUCAAUGACUCAUGUAUAUUUUUUCCUUUAAACAAAGUUUGGAACAACUUGCAGUUGCGGUUCUUUUCAAUCUUAAACCUAUUUAAAGUAAUACUCCAAGCAAAUCUCAAUUGCAGUUGAUUUUAUUAAACUUUCAGGAUACUUUAUUCUCAUUAAAUGACAAUUUUAAUAACGUAAUAAAUGCUUUCUGCCAUAAAAACGUCUAUUUUAAGUUUUAUAAUUAAAAAAGCACAUACAUUUCCAAAGAGUACGAAAAUAGGCAAUAUAUUGUGUCGUAUAUACAUAUAUGUAAUUAAGCUUUUUCAUAAUUAAUAUUUUCAGUAUAAGAAAAUAAACUCCCUGUCUCUUUUAAACAGAAUUAGUAUGAUUAUUUUGAUUAUGAUUAUGGAUGACAUUUUAUUUUGAUACCAGUUAAUAGAGACAGGCUGUACAAAAAAUGUUGAGACCUUACAUGGUCUCAACAUUGCUAGAUGUAAUGCGUAAUAUAACAGUAUUUAUUAUCAUAGAUAUUACCUACGAAAAUGAUAUAUAAAUGUUAAUAUGUUUGUUUUUGAUAUUUUAUGUUGUUCUAGUUGUUUAUAUGUUAGUCAUGUACAUAAUAUGUUAUCUAUUUAAAUUAAAAAUGUUUUAAUUUUUA